AUGGCAUACCUCAGGCUUGGGACUGCUUCUGAAUAUUUCAUUCUUGUCGCGGCCGCUGUGGCGCGGUUCGCUUUCGCCAGCCCUGAUCGCAAUGACGGCGUCCAUCUCGCUGUUCACCCUCAAUGUGGGACUCUUGGUGGGAAUUUCACCGAUGUGAAUGCGGGUAUAGACCUGUCAGCAAUUCGCACCAUCGUCACAUUCGGAGUGAGCAACGGCUCUGCACUUCUACCACCGGUGGUCAUUCCUCCUGACCCUCAUGCCGGGAAUAGACAGACGAACGGGCCGGUUUGGAUAGAGGACUUAGCUCGCGACAUCAACGCCACACUAUCAGACUAUGCGGUAAACAGACGUUUCUAG